AAUGAAAAUGACAUUAACCAAGAUGGCGCUGGGCGACAGAGAAAAGUGAUGAGAGGAGAGAAAAGCAGGCGACACAACUAUAUAACACUGUGCAUGCGUUUACCCUGUGCGACUAUUUCAAACCAGACCUUUAUCAUAUCACCGGGAGACUGUCAAGUGCGUGCUGAGAGACCGCAUUGGCCUACAGAGAUAUAAUAAUCCAGCCAACUGUUUGCUAACUAGCUGCUAAAGUAGCUAGCGCAGCUAACGUUCGCUAACUGCGGAAGGCAAGUGAGGAGAAGGCUGGCAGGCAGUUCGACAAGUCAGGCAGCUCUUUUGAAAUCAAGAGACCUCUACGUUUGAUACAGUAACUGUCCUCACCGUGUUUGCAGCACGGAUCAGGUCAUCCAAACUAGAGGUCAGUCAGGAAAGUAACGUUACACCUCUGAUAAGGACAGCAGAAAUACAACGAAGAAAGGCGUCAUCUUUCUGAUCUGACGCCAUGGCUCAUUCCCCUAUUCAGAGUGGACUGCCGGGGGUUCAGAAUUUCAGAGCUGAUCCAGAGGAGUUUUUUACCAAGCUGGACAGAAUAGGGAAAGGCUCUUUUGGUGAAGUUUUCAAAGGCAUCGACAGUCGAACUCAGAAAGUUGUGGCCAUUAAAAUUAUUGAUCUGGAAGAAGCAGAGGAUGACAUAGAAGACAUUCAACAGGAGAUCACCGUUCUCAGCCAGUGUGACAGUCCCUUUAUCACCAAGUAUCAUGGAUCCUAUCUCAAGGGUACAAAAUUAUGGAUUAUUAUGGAAUACUUGGGUGGAGGAUCAGCCCUGGAUUUGUUGGAACCAGGUGCCCUGGAUGAAACGCAGAUUGCCACAAUUCUGAGAGAAAUCCUGAAAGGGCUCGAGUAUCUGCACUCUGAAAAGAAAAUCCACAGAGAUAUCAAAGCUGCCAACGUGUUGCUGUCAGAACAAGGCGAUGUGAAGCUUGCAGACUUCGGUGUGGCGGGCCAGCUGACAGACACGCAGAUAAAAAGGAACACGUUUGUUGGUACUCCUUUCUGGAUGGCACCUGAAGUCAUAAAGCAAUCUGCCUAUGAUUCAAAGGCAGACAUCUGGUCGUUAGGAAUAACAGCAAUAGAACUGGCUAAAGGAGAGCCGCCCCACUCUGAGCUUCAUCCUAUGAAGGUCUUAUUCCUCAUCCCAAAGAACAAUCCACCAACACUGGAAGGAAACUACAGUAAACCACUUAAGGAAUUUGUUGAAGCCUGUUUAAAUAAGGAGCCUAGCUUUAGGCCAACUGCCAAAGAGCUAUUAAAACAUAAGUAUAUUGUAAGGCAUGCCAAAAAGACAUCCUAUCUGACGGAGCUGAUUGACAGAUACAAGAGGUGGAAAUCAGAACAAUCUCGGGAAGAAUCCAGCUCUGAUGAAUCUGACGAGGAGCAAAAUGACCAGGCAUCUGGAGGAGAUGAUGCUGGCAAUGAUGACUGGAUCUUCAACACCAUCAGGGAGAAGGACCUAAAAAAGUUUCAGAAUGGGGCAGCACAGCCUGCUGAGCUUGAAAGGAAACCGGUGCAGGAGAGUCCAAAGAGGCCUUUGUCACAAAGCUUAUCAACAAUCUUUUCUCCAUUGUUUUCUGAGUUGAAAGAAAAGGGUGAGACACAUAAUGGCAAGCCAGAGGCUGCAGAGGGGCUGCGGGAGGCCAUUUACCUGGCAGAAGAAACACAUCCAGGAAUCUGUGACUCGCUGGUAGCUGAACUAGUGCAGAGACUUCAGAGGUUUUCUGUACCACAUGCAGCUGCCACUCAGUGAGAGGAGCUACAUCCAGCUCUGCUCUAAUUUUCCAUCCUGGUGGCAGCAGUCAGAUGUUUUCCUCUGACCUCCACAGCCGGGAUGAAGUCUCCCAGGAAGGUCUCCAUCACUCAUUUGCCCGAAACAAAUCCUGGCCUACAUAAUGUCUGUUUAUACGCUAGCACACCACCAGAGGGUCCUAUUCAGGACAGUCAGUGGCAACCCACUCAGCUGCCGCCUGCUGUAAGAUGUCCCUUCUCAAUACCUCCUUCACAACUGUUUUCAAUUUAAGGGUGAAGUUAGCUAUCUUUCUGCAAGGACUUAUAGGUUUUGAUGAGUUUGUGGCUUUUUCACAAAGGUUUACACUCAGCAUCCUUUUGGAGAAAGUACCUUGCUUAAGUAAUUGUGUGCAUGUGUGUGUGGCUGUGCGAGAUAUCCUGUGAAACGUGCGGUGAAGAGUGACGAGUGGGUUGAAGCAUUCUAUUGAAAACUCAGGUAUCCUGCUUUAAGUGGAUUGGGUCUUCUGGGAGAUGGAAAGAGCUCUAUAGGGUGGUUGUACAGACUUGUAAAUAAGCUAAUUUCUACAGAUUCAUGAAAAAAUAAUGGCGCGUUUGUAAUGGAACCACUGUGUACAAAAGGCCAAAUGCAAACUGUAGAUAAUGGUUGUGGUAUAUUUUGAGACUAAAAUGGCCAUACAUGAGAUUGCCUUGCCUUUCUACUUGUUCUUUUGUAUAUCGGUCUUUGAUUUCUCCAGUUGUAAAACUUUUUAAGUACACAUCCAGUGAAUGAAAAUGGCUGCCCUCUAUCAUGUUUCACUAUUGAUUUAUUAUUAUAUAUAUAUAUAUAUUUUUUUUUUUUUAAUUCUCUUUAACUUUUUGGUUUCACACUCUAUGCUGUGGCUGUAAUAAUGUUGGAGAAUGUAAAACGGAAAAAGAAAAGGCUGCAUUGCUGAAGCCCCCUCCAGUUUAGAACACUGGAUGCUCUGUUUCUAGCCCCAAUUCUACAAGGCCUUGAGUUGUGUUGGUUUGUUGGACUUUUCUUCAUCCCUUUUUAUUUUUUGCCGUGUGUUCUUGACUUGUUAGAUGAACUGAGUUUGCGUCCAUUCAUUCCAUUAACAGGGCAGUGCCAUCAUCUAGUUUAAAAAUCAGCAGGCUCUGUUAGUCUUCCUAGGAGCUGCAGUGGUACUAUCUAUCUCCUCAGCGUACCUACAGCUUUAAUUGCACUUCAAGUAUAAAUGCCUUUGACUAUAAACAAAGUAGCCAUAAAACAGUAGCACGAGACUUACAGUAUUUUGCAGUUAUGCUAUCUGGGACACAAAAAAAAGUCCACCUGAGGUCUCACACCUUGGACUCUGAGAGUUGGUCAUGCAGUGUAAUAUUUGCCUGGCUCUGUCUUUGCAUUUGUACUUGUGAGAAGUUUUUCAGUUGUACAGUAAAUGCAUAUAGACAUAGACUUCUCACAUAGUAGAUGACACUGCUCCCAGAUGUACAUAUUAAUGUAAAGCCAGGAGGUAUUAAGAGACCAGCCGCACUGCUACUACUUCUGAGUUUAGUUUAAAAGGAAUGUGCAUGAUAGUAUAAACAAUAUAAAGCCUAUUGGUUGGCCUGAGCAGUAUGUGUUGUAGCAUACUGCUGCAGAACUGGAGUUACGUUGAGUCCUCAACAGAGUUGAAUCAGCCUUAGAGUAUUUGUGAUGAAUGGGAUGAACAGUAUCAGCUUUAAAAUAUUAGAUCAAAUGUUUUUGUUUUUUUAUUUUUUUCUACCCCCACCCCCCGGCAUUAAAUGCAUAUGCAGCAAAACUUUAAAAGACAUAAUGAAAGAUCAAGAAUAAUUCAAAAAUCAUUCCUUCAAUUUUCAAGUCUUCAAGUCUUAUGGUCAGAUGAUAUAUUGUUUUCGUCACGGGGCAAUACACUGUACAUAAAACACAGGGAAAUUUAAAGAGAAAAUGUUAGUCCAACAUCUUGACAAAUACACUUAUUCGCUUUCAAGAGGAGAGCUGGAUAAGAAGAUCAAUCUUCUCUCUUAUUUGUCUGUUAAAAUAAAGGAUGGAGUUGGUUAGCUUAGCGCAAAGACUGGCAACAGUUAGCCUAGGUCAGUCCAGAGAUAAAAUGCACCUACCAUGACCGCUAAAACUCACCAACUAUAUUGUUUGAUGAAUUCAUAAAACUAUGACAAGUUUUUGAUAUUUUACAUUAGGUUAUGUGUCAGACUAUUUCUCGACGGAGACCAUUAACUUCCAAAAGUCUACUGGUUGCCAAGCAGCUGGUCCUGGCCAAAAAAUGCCAGUUUGUUGCUUUUAAAAGUUACACUUCAGGUUAAUGUAUGGACUUAACAAACGACAUCUAACAUAUUAAUUAGUGAGCUUUAGAGUUGCAGAUGGGGGGAUUUUUUUCCCUCUUAACAGAGUCAAGCUAACGUUUCCUUCCCUUGUGCUAAGCUAAUCAAACCAGCUGCUGGGUGUAGCUUUUAACAUUAUAUUUCCUUUACAGACUUGUACAGGCAUGAGAACAAUGUUGAUCCACACAUCUGUAUUUAUCUCACCACCAGAAGGCAAAUAAGCCUAUUUACCAAAAUGUCAAACUAUUUAAUAACUCUUUAAUUUGACCAUUUAAAAACAACAUUUCCUCCCCAUUUCUCUCCAAAAACAUUUUUUAAAAUUCCGCUUGCUAACGUAAGCCAACUUUGGUGGAAUAUAUAGUUGAAAGACAAAUCUGUGGAAAUCGGUUAACCAAAUCAAGGAAAGGUACCAGACUCAAUUAUUUCCAUUUCACUCCAUUUUCCUUUUGUUUUCUGCUCUCCAUUCAAUCCUCUGAAGUGAAAUAUGUGCCAUGCAGUCCUCCGCCCCAGACUGAGAAUAAUUCAAUACAAUUUGCACCUUCUACAUAGUCUAUUAUGACUCUCUAUCUUGUUAUGUAUUGCACUUUGCAGAUUAAUUUAGGUUUUUAAAAAAUGGUACUUGAAAAGGCUACAAUAUGAUGUUGCAAUUACACCAGUUAAAUCCCCCCCCCCCAAUUGUGUGUUGUAUGGCAAUAAAGCAGUGUGAUCGCCAGGAGUCAUUUCUUAGCACAAGUAGGCAUAUAUUCUAUUAAACUAUUUUUAUAACCCAAAAAGAGCAGUAUUAUGUAAUAGAGGGAGUAAAGUAUGGUUCUGUGAUGUGUUAAAGUUUCAUUAAACACUGGAUAGCAAUCACGUAAAAUCAUUUAAUUUUGUGUGAAUUUGCUGACAGUUUAUAGUCCAGUAUACAUGUUUGCUAAUUCAGGACAGUGCUGUUGAAUUUAUUAAAAGUUGUCAAAUGAUUAAGGAAGAAAUAAAAAUCCAGUACAAAUUUGA